AAUUUAACAUGCAUAAAUCAACAAGGGUUUUGGUUGAUAAAGGUUACAUAUAUCCUUGCAUCUGAUCACAGGAACCCCAAAUACCCACUGUUAUCUCUUUUAUCACACGCACUUGCAAAUCUUUGUAUUCAAAUUCGAAUCAAAAUCCCUUAAUCGACAUUUUCUGCUGGAAAACUUCGCUUAAUAUCGACUAAAGUUUUCUGGUAAGAAAACCUAAUUUUCUCGUAUGCCUUUGCACUUCUGAUAUCGUUUAUUUUGAUUUGGGUAUUGUUUCGAUUGAGCGAGCCUAGAUCUGUAAAUGUUUCCGAGUGGCGGCGUUUUUGUUAUGUGGGAUUUGAUAGAAUUGGGGCAAUCUGUUGUUUGUGUUUGAUGAGAUGAAAGAGGCGGGGAGAUCUGUGCAUUCUGGAGAUGUUGUGAAGAAAAAAAGCUCUUCUGGGUGUUUGAUCAUUAAAAAGAAGGUGGCAGAUGGUUUUGGGGGAGUUAAAGGGUUUAGUGAUUCGGCAUCAAGGAAUUUAUUUAACCCAAAAGAGAAAAAGAGACCUAGAGUGGUUAGGAGCGAUUCUGAGUCCAGUGAUGAGUUUUCAGAGCCUUACCCCCGGAAAGUUGAUAAAUUUCACAAUGGUUCGGUUUUUAGUAACAGGGGUUUUAUGGAAAAUAGAGAAUUUGAGACUGAGAAUAGGGUAAAGAAUGGGAUAGAUGUGUUUGAGUUUGAUGACUAUGAUGAGAGGAGGAUUAGGCAGGAUGCUCAUGAUCAUAGGCAUGGGUUGAAGUUACAUUGGCAAAACGGAGAUCGAAAGGAAUCUGCAAGUGGCAGUAGUAGGAGGAUCGAUGAUAAGAGAAGGGACAUCUUUCGCGAUAAUAGGAGUACCAUUUUGGGUGCAAAGAGUAGAAGGCCUACUCAUGGUGUGAAAAGUCGAUAUGAGAUUGAGGAUGAUGAAUCCAUCUUGCCAUUUUCAGUAUUGAGUGAUAAGUACCAAGAAGUUUCUGAUGAACGGGAGCCUAUUAGGUUGCAAGGAAAGAAUGGUGUUUUGAAGGUGAUGGUAAAUAAGCAUAAGCAGAUGGGUAUUUCACGUCAAACUUAUGAUCCUGCAGAAGCUGAAGAGUGGGAAGAAUCUAGGCCUGCAAUUUUAAAAAAGAAACAGCUGAAUGUGCCCCAUAGAAGUCAUGAUCGUUGGGAAGCUGUAGAUAGACAGGGGUCUAGGUCUGAAGAUGCUGAUAAGGAAAAAGACACCAAGGGGUCUUCGUUGUACUCUGCUUUGAAGCAUCCUGGAAGACAAAUUCCGUCCAAGAGAAGAGAGAAAGAUGAGCUGGAAUUGAAAAAACCAAUAAGCAGCAAGGAAAUGGAUGAUAGUGAUUCGUCAUUACCUUUGAAAUCAUCCAGUGUGCAUCAAUGUACCACUGCAAGAAUGGUUAAAAAUGAACAAAGACUAAGCCCACCAACCAAGAAUGUUACAGCAGUUAAAGGCAAGGAAAGCAAGGUUAAGCGUGGUAGUGGCACUGAAAAACAACUACUGCGUGAGAAAAUUAGGAGUAUGCUUCUUGGUGCUGGCUGGACUAUUGACUAUAGACCAAGAAGGAACAGAGACUACCUGGAUGCUGUCUAUAUCAAUCCUGCUGGAACUGCUUAUUGGUCUAUAAUUAAGGCUUAUGAGGCACUUCAAAAGGAAGAGGGAGAUCAUUCACAAGCUGGUGGCGACUUUACUCCUCUACCCGUUGAAACACUCAGCAAACUAACUAGGCAAACCCGAAAGAAAAUUGAAAGAGAAAUGAAAAAGAAGAGAAGAGAUGAAGGCAACAGUAGGAAUGGGAAAAGGGAUAGAACGGAAGUAUCUGCAGAGGCUGCAGAGAGUGAUCAGCAGGAAGAGAAGCUUGGUUCAUAUAUGAAGCAUAGUCGCAAGACAACUAAAAGAAGAUUGGAGGAAGCAAGUCAGGACAGUGGUGAUGAUUCAAAUGAUAAUGAUGACAGGGGAACAGCCAAGCAAGAUAGGGCUACAAAGGCAACUGUUGGUCAUAAUUCUCACAUGGUGCAGGGCCGAAAAAGCAGAAAACUUGGCAGAUGUACUUUGUUGGUUCGCAGUUCUGAUGAGGGGAAAAGUUCUACAAAUGAUAGGUUUGUUCCAUAUUCAGGAAAGCGAACCCUGCUCUCCUGGUUAAUCGACACUGCAACGGUGCAGAUGAGUGAAAAGGUGCAAUAUAUGAACCGUAGAAAGACACGGGUUAUGCAAGAAGGAUGGAUCACAAAAGAUGGAAUCCAUUGUGGUUGUUGUAGCAAAAUCCUAACAGUUUCAAAGUUUGAGCUUCACGCGGGAAGUAAACUUCGCCAACCAUUUCCGAACAUCUUUCUGCAGUCUGGACAAUCCUUGAUGCAGUGUCAAAUUGAUGCAUGGAAUAAACAAGAAGAGUUAGAACUGAAGGGGUUUCACACUGUAGAUGUUGAUGGCGAUGAUCCUAAUGAUGACACCUGUAGCUUAUGUGGCGAUGGUGGCGAUUUGAUUUGUUGUGAUGGUUGCCCAUCAACCUUUCACCAGAGCUGCUUAGGUAUACAGAUGCUCCCCCAAGGUGAUUGGCACUGUCCAAAUUGUUCAUGCAAAUAUUGUGAAAUGGCCAGCACGGAUUUUACUGGAGCCAGUGUUAGAACUAGAAGUCCAUUGCUUGUCUGCUGCCUUUGUGAGAAAAAAUAUCAUGAAUCAUGCAGCCUAGAGAUGGAUGAAAAGCCUAUUGAUCCCACUGAUCCAAAUUUGUCUUUCUGUGGCCAAAAGUGCCUAGAGCUGUACAGCCACUUGCAGAAGCUUCUUGGUGUCAAACAUGAACUGGAUUCUGGAUUCUCAUGGUCUCUCAUUCGUCGGUCUGAUAUAUCAUCAGAUACAUCAUCCAUAGAAUUAUCUCAGAGGGUGGAAUGCAAUUCUAAGCUAGCUGUUGCUCUGUCAGUGAUAGACGAGUGCUUUUUGCCUAUCGUUGACAGGAGAAGUGGAAUCAAGUUGAUUCAUAAUGUUGUCUACAAUUGUGGAUCAAACUUCAGCCGGUUAAACUAUAGUGGCUUCUUUACAGCUAUUUUGGAGAGGGGCGAUGAAAUGAUUUGCGCUGCAUCCAUCAGGAUCCAUGGGACCCAACUAGCAGAGAUGCCAUUUAUUGGGACUCGCCAUAUAUAUAGACGACAGGGAAUGUGCCGUCGAUUGUUAUCUGCUAUUGAAUCAGUGCUCUCUUCCCUCCAUAUUGAGAAAUUGAUUAUUCCUGCCAUUGCUGAACACAUGCAUACAUGGACUGGUGUUUUUGGUUUCAAUUCUCUUAAAGAAUCACACAAACAAGAAAUGAGGUCCAUGAAUAUGCUGGUGUUUCCUGGAACAGAUAUGUUGCAGAAAUCGCUAGGCAACACAAUUUCAGACAAAGAUAAGAGAAGCAUUGAAAUUGAAGGCAGCAUGCCCAAGGCCGAAAAAUCAGAACCUGAUGUCAAAGAGUUGAGUGAGAAAAUUGAAGAUCCUACUGUCCCUUUAGAUGAUGCUAGCGAUGUGACUCUUUCCGUUGGUUCUGAUAAAGAUGAUAUCCCAUUGUCAUCUUUAGCAAGAAAGUCAGAAAAUGUUUGCGGUUCCACUGUUCAGUUUGAUGCUGAUGCUGCUUCUUCGGACAUCCGUUGUGAAACUGAAAUCCAGUCUGUUUUCUUGAAUGUUCGUUCAGAUGCCAAUUCAUUUCCGCUCCAAGACCCUGAUUUUGUUUUGCAUGAUGCUGAAACUUCAGAUAAUCCACUCUUAGCAAAAGUAUCAGUUUCUGGUUCCAACGUAGAAGAAUUUGUUGCAAAAACUACUGAUGCUGGUGGCUUAUUUCAACCACAAGUCCAGACUGUUCCUUCAAGUGAUGUUUCUUGUGAAUCCAAACUCCAACACAUGGGAAAGGAAUUCAUUUCAGUUGAAGAAAUUGCAUUCCAAACGGGGAUUGGGACUAAUUUACAUUCACUCCAAGUCCCUGUUGUUCCUUCAGAUAAUCCAUGUGAACUCACAGGAAAGGAAUCAGUUGCAGAUUCCGAUUCCGAGGUAGAUGGCAGAAGAGCUGAUGCUAUUCCACAUGAGGCGCACGUUGGCGUUUCCUCAGAUAUUCAUUUUGAAUCUGCACAACAAUUCUCUGGACUGGAAUCUCUUCCCCAUUUCUAGCAGAAUUGUGUUGUGAUGCUGUUAAACCCGCGGGUGAGUCUGUGACAGGGAAAGAAGCUGCUGCAUAUAUCGAAAAAGAAAAGUAAAAUCAGAAAUGGAAGAAUUCAAACAGAGAUGUUCCUUCCUUCCUUCCUGCUGGCUUGUAUGAUAGUUUUGAGCACUCUUUUCAAUUGUUUGAUUAGUUUUAGAGUUUGCAUUGAUUGAAAUUUGGUGGGUUGGGACAUACUCACAGCUGUUGUAUCAGAAAAAUGCUAAAAUAAACCACCCAAUAUUCAUAUAAGAUCAAAUAUAGUUUUAGAGAA